CACGCAGGCCCUUUGCAGCCAGGCCAACGCGCUGGCUGUGCCCUUGAAUCGUGCCCACCGACCACGUCUCCUAUCGUCCUCUGCCGCCGUAUCAACCCGCCGUGCUGUCCAUGUCCAUGUCGACGGCCGCGCUGCCUAGGGGUUUCAUCCACUCCGCCGCCGCUGCGCUGCAAUCGAUAAGAACAAGAGCCGCACAAACCUGGCCAUGGACGCACACGGCCUAGCAGCCACGGCCGAACUGCAACAAUCUUCCACGCCUACUAGCUUUUUUUUCUUCUGCCCACGGGACGGCCAAGGGGCGACACCCAUGGAAACGGUCGCGCGCGAGCAUGCACAUUAUUACUAUUACUGUACUAUACCACCAGUACAGCACAGCACAGCACAGCAACCCGUCGGCGCGCACGCCUUAGUUGCAGCAACUUGUCAGAGUCAGAGCCAUCGGAUCGGUACUCUAGAGCAGCGAGGCGCAAGAGCAAGCAACUCAUCCGAGCAGCGAGCAUCCAUCCGACAAAGGCCGAGCUUUGCUGUCGCAUUGGCGGUUGUGGCUUUGCUAGGGUCCUUUCCCUUAUAUCCGACCAUGAAACCGACGGCGUCCGGCGAACACAGACAACAGACGCCCGCGGUUCGACUGCACGGGGCGCCCGCGACAUCACUCGAGUUGCAGAUGCUCGUUGCCCGAAACAUGUGCGAAUCCUGUGCUGCCACACGGCCAGAUGGAUGAGUUGAUGGGCAGACAGGCAAGAUGGCCGACCGGCACCACCUGGCGUGGCGGCCGUGGCUGUUGGUCGCCGCCGAGGCUGGAAGGAAAAGUCUGGUGAGCGUGACGUAGGUUUAUCCCAGAGCGGCCUAGCGCAGAUGCAGGGGGACCCUUGGCCUGAGAUUGCAGCCAGCAAUUGCAACGGCGUCCGCUAAAUCUUCGGCUCGU